AUGGCUGGUUCUCUUGAGAAUGCCAUGGUGCUGUCAUCAACAACCGAUGAAGAUGAGAAACAGAAGGGAAGUAGAAGCAAAAGAGAGAUCAUUUCCACCCUCCCAACUGAAAAAGGCUGGAAAAUUCAGGGUCUUAUGUACCAGUACCAAGGCUUUUGGUACUAUUCUGGGGGUGCGGUAGAAGGAGUCAUGUGGAUGCAAAAAUGCUUCAAGGCAAGGAAUGAAGAUGUUCUCUUGGUCUCCUUUCCAAGAUGUGGAACAACAUGGUUGAAAUCUCUCAUGUUUUCUAUCAUGAAUCGAACCAGGUAUGAUUUCUCAGCACACCCUUUGCUGACUUCUAGCCCUCAUGAACUUGUUCCCUUCUUGGAAUUCUACGCAGAGCAGAACAUCCCCUUCCCAGACCUGGACACACUUUCCUCUCCUCAGCUCUACCAUACUCACAUUGCCCUCACUUCAUUACCCCAACCUGUCAUAGACUCUCAGUGUCGAAUUGUCUAUAUCUGUCGCAACCCCAAAGAUGUGUUUGUUUCUAUUUUUUGUUUUCUCUCGAGAUGGAAUAUAGUGGUUCCCCUUGAAGAGGCAUUUGAGUUGUUCUGCAAAGGAAUUAGCGUGUAUGGACCCUUCUGGGACCAUGUUUUAGGGUAUUGGAAGGCUAGUUUAGCUUCACCCCAGAGAAUAUUGUUCUUGAAAUAUGAGGACGUGAAGAGGGAUUCCUUGUGCCAGGUCAAGAGGUUGGCAGAGUUCAUGGGCUUUCCCUUCUCUUCCGAGGAAGAAGGACAAGGUUUGAUACAUGAAAUUAUGGAGCUGUGUAGUUUUGAGAAUCUAAGAAAUUUGAAGGUAAACAAGACCGGAGCAAUAUCUGUGGGCAAUGUCAGCACUGGAAAGGAUACUUUCUUCAGGAAAGGUGAGGUUGGUGAUUGGAAGAAUCAUCUGACAGCUGAAAUGGCCGAUCGCAUUGACAGGAUCAUGGAGGAAAAGUUGAAAGGUUCUGGUCUGACGUUCAGCGACUCCUGUGAUAGCUGA